CAUUCUGUGUGAUUCUGUGUUUGCCUUCAUAUCAUUUAUGUGUGGCAUUUGGAAAAAUUAGUUUGAUUAGAAUAUCUAGGCGUAUAAUUUUAUACCUGUCGAAAAUUUGUGUUAUUUGCUUUCAGUGGACGUAAAUUCGAAUAAGUUGUAAACAAAAUUUGAAAAAUUCUGAAAAAAUUUGAAGCAAAAUAAUUUUAAGUGUGCAUACAUAUAUAAUAAGUUUUGGUUUAAAGGACUUUUUAUUUCAUCGCUUGUGUUGACGCCUAGCGUUCCCUAUAUUGUUACUUAAAGAAUACACACCGCGUCAAUGUAAAAGAGAAAUAAAAACAAGAAAUCCAAAUUACGUCCUUGGCUAGAAAAUGGAAAGCAUCGAAAUGCUUAAAGCACUUUAUGACUUCCAGGCGGUCUAUCCCAAAACGAUCAGCUUCGAUGAAGGAGAGUACUUCAUACUGUACCAGACUUCAGCACGUCAACGGAACUGGUGGCAAGUAGUUAGCAUGAAAGGCAAUAUUGGUUUUGUGCCAUCAAAUUACGUAAUGAAAAUUAAGGUGGAACCAGAUUUUCUCAUCAGUUUUCUCAACUCCUCAAUUGAGUCACUUGAAAAGUCGAAAGAAACGGAAAUCAAUGGAAUUAUGCCAAAAGAAGAGCUAUUGGAGCGGCUACGCGAGAAGAAAAUGGCCAUGGAAAGAGUUUACUUGGAUUACUCAGAACGUGACUGUGAUUCUUCCUUGUCCUUCUCGCAAAGCAUUAGCGAGAAAAAUUGCUCAAAAUCACAUAGUAAUCGCGCCACUUCCGUUUCAGCGCAACAAACACCGCACAGUCCACAAAGUCCACCGCGUUCAAAUCGCUUGGACAGCAAUAAGAAAUCGAUGUCUAGCCCAGCUGUCGGCAUUGUGUUGCCACAAAUUAUGCAAGAGUCCAACAGCAUGGGCACCAUGCAGAUACAGACACAGCAAUCACAACAGCAACAGCAGCAGCAGCAGCAACAAACGCAACAAACACAGUGCAGCAAUAAAGCCAGUGAUAUCACACAAGACAAUAGUGUCACAUCAGAGCCUUCGGAGACUACCACAACAACAACGACAACAAGCGAAGAUGUGGUGACAACAUAUAAAGAAACGAGUCAACGUGAGUCGCCUGGUCAGAGCCAGAGCCAGAGCCAUGCAAAACAGAAUGGCAGCGAGCGUAAAUGUGAAGCGGGCGAUGCCAAUGGCGGUGGCGGCGGUGGUAAUAGCUGUAACGGCGCUGGUAUUACCGGCAACGGUAUAGCUGGCGGCACAAACACGCUAACCGACACCAGUGAGCAUUUCAACGACGAAAAGUUCGCUGAAAAAUCCGAUGGCAGUGAACCGGCCAGCGAUGGACGUGAUGUCGCCACUUUAGCGAACGAUGGACGCGGUGAUUUCACCAAUAGCGUUGAGAAUAGUCAAGCGCUGGAUAGUGAAGAGUUGGCUGUGCAGCAGGCUUUGCAAACAGGUGCUUCCGGUACUACUAUAGUGACCACUGGGGCUGCGGCAUACGGUGUAACACGCGCCGAUUUGAAAGUUGAAUCCUCUGAUGUUUAUCAAAUUGUAGAUAUAAUAAGGCGUAAUACGAAUUUGAGCUUUGAUUUGUCGUGCGAAGCUUUACGCGUUGUCCUCACUAGUCUAGAACAAUUAUAUAACGGUGCCAUAAAUCCAUACUUGGAGGCGGUGGCGAUACAUGUAACCGAGAAGGUGGAAACACCAAAAGCAUUGUUGGGCAUGACACACGACUCGAAACGUCUACAAUAUAUAUUCUCGCAGUUGGCGGAUUGUAAAAACGAUACCGAGCAACGUUCGUGGAUGCUGUACGAGGAUGAGGACGAUAUAAUACAAUUCCUCGAAGAACUCGUUGAAAUUUUGAAUAAUGCCGAUGAAAAUAUUAGCUGUUAUGAAAUGUCGUGCGAUCAGUAUCAGGUGCUUAUUAAUCUAGUGCAGUAUUAUCAAAUGGAAACGCGCUGGCCCAUUAAACAGCUAUUGCUGAAGACUUUUACCGCUGCUUGCCAUUUGGAUCAUAUUAUAGUCGAUAUUUUACUCACAUCUGUAUUGCCAUUAGAAAUUGUAGAAGAUAUGAAAACCAAUUUUGCCAAUCUAGAUAAAUUUAAGAAACUUGUCAAAAUGUUAACAAUCAUAUUCUCAUUAGGUCAACCAAUGCCAGUAAAUCAUCAAGAUUAUCUUGGUGUACACUUUGCGAGUUUCCUCUUAGAAAUCGUUGAAGGCAAUAAUCCGGAGACCCUAGUUGACAUGGUUAUAUCCUUAAUAUUGGCUUUCAAUCUACAAUUCACUGAUUUUUCGCAAAAUGUUGUCGUUGAAGCUAUGCAAAGCUUGCCCAGCGCCAAAAUAUUUACAGAGAAAAUUCUAUUAUUACUAAAUAGAGAAGAGGAUCCAAUUAAGUUGUUGAAGCAUUCAACGGAUACUAUGAAUUCAGUGCUCAAAAUGUUUAUCGAUAUCUUCAGCAAUCCGGAUACAGCUGGCAUGUUUUACACGAAUGACAAUAAAGUGCUCAUUGAUAUAUUGGUGCGACAAUUAUCCGAUUUGUGUGCCGGUAAUCCGUUGCGACGUUGCUAUUUGGAACUAUGUCGACGCAUUCUACGCAAUACCAAUUAUGCCGAACAUCAGCAUCGCAAGCAGGACUUUAUGAAGAUAUUUACACGCAUUUUUUGCGAAGAGACCGAGUGCAGCGCUUCGGAUCAGCAGUUAGUGCGAGAGAUCGCUAACGAGUUUCCACAAUUAUUUAAGGCCUAAAACGGCUAAAUUGCAUUUAUGUUAGGUGGGUGGAGAGAAGAAGUGCAUUUCGUUGACUGAGCUAAUUGUAGUAAAUUUUUAGUAUAACUGUAUUAUUUACUAAAAACUUAAACAUGACAUAAAUUUUACUUUAUUUUGUAAUGGAAAUUUUAAUGGAACUAUAAUUUUACACAUA